AAAUCGCGAACAUUCUACUUCGAUGUUGAGCUCUCCGAAGAUUGCAGCAUUGUGCUCAUUUUUCCUUGGAUCUGUUCAAAUCAUCCUCCUUCUUUCCAUCAACAACAUCUUCACCUACUCAACGGCAUUACAAUAUCUUCGGAAAGUUAAUUUCGAUUGGAAUUUCAUUGUUCCUACAGCGAAAUACAUUUACGGUUCUUUGUUACGAAGGCACCAUUUUAUUGAUCACGGUUCGGAUAGGCUCGACAACGAGGAGGAUUCGGAAAUUUGAAUUUAAAAGCUGUUUACAAAAGUCUAAUCA